AUGCUGCUAUUCAGACUGCUCCUGAUGGCUCCACUUACUCAGGUGGAGGGGUCUGUCUGCAGGCUACAGGGCAGAGUGGACCCACCUGAACUGGAGAAAGAUGGAGACCUCAUGAUUGGUGGAAUCUUUUCAUUCCGCACUCAGCAAGAAGGCUAUUUUGACUCCUUUACAAACAUGCCAGCGGUCCGGCCCUGUAUAAAUUUCAAUUUCAGAGAGUUCAGGUUUGCCCAUGCACUGAUGUUUGCAAUAAAGGAAAUAAACAGAAACCCAUACAUUCUUCCUGGGGUUACUCUGGGAUAUAAGCUUUUUAAUAACUGUGGAUCUAUUGAUAUUCUGAGAGCUGCAAUGGCUCUUGUGAGUAGUCAAACAAAAACAAUAAGAGAAAGCAACUGCACUAGCCUUCACACAAUAGUAGCCAUCAUCGGGCACUCUGGAUCAACACCAACUAUGGGAUUUGCAAGGACAGUGGGGAGAUAUCAAAUACCUGUGAUCAGUCACUUUGCCACCUGUGCUUGUCUGAGCAAUAGAAAAGAAUUCCCCUCCUUCUUCAGGACUGUGCCCAGUGAUUAUUACCAGAGUAAAGCACUGGCUCAGCUGGUCAAAUACUUUGGCUGGACUUGGGUGGGUGCCAUAAGCAAUGACAAUGACUAUGGAAUCAAUGGCAUUACUAACUUCAUUCAGGCUGCCCAGGAGGAAGGAGUGUGUGUUGAGUACUCCGAGGCCUUUGAAAGCACAGGCCCACGCAAGCAGCUACUGAGGAUAGUGGAUGUCAUCAGAGAGUCCACCUCAAAGGUAGUAAUGGCCUUCAUGUCACACAGAGAAAUCAAGUUGUUGGUGGAGGAGUUGCACAGGCAGAACAUUACAGGAUUGCAGUGGGUCGGAAGUGAUGCUUGGAUCACAGACAACUCUCUCACAGACAGUUUGGGCCACGCUGCUCUCAUUGGCUCUGUCGGGUUUGUUGUACGCAAGGCACAGAUCCCUGGGCUGGGCCAGUUUCUACACGAAGUCAACCCUUCUCAUUUCCCAAACAGUGUGUUUCUCAGAGACUUUUGGGAAACAGUGUUUGACUGCUCUUUGAGUCCACAGGGUGUAAACGACGGAAGGAGGAGAUGCAAUGGCUCUGAGCACUUAAGAGACGUACACAACGAGUUCACAGAUGUGUCAGAGUUAAGAUUCACCAACAAUGUUUACAAUGCCGUGUAUGCAGUGGCUCACGCUCUGCACAACCUGUACAUAUGUGAACCAGGGAAAGGUCCAUUUGCGAAUGCUAGCUGCGCUGAUCCAACAAGAAUACAACCAUGGCAUGUUUUACACUACCUGCAAAAUGUGGAUUUCAUUACACCUGGGGGUGAUACAUUGUUCUUUGACAAAAAUGGAGACUCUGCUGCACAGUAUGAAUUGAUAAAUUUGCAAAGAGUGACAAAAGGCACAAUGGAAAUAUCAACAGUUGGCUAUUAUGAUGCAUCCAUGCCUGUGGGAGAGCAGUUUAAAAUGAAUGAUGUCAAAAUAGUGUGGAACGGUGGACAUGAAACGGUGCCUGUGUCAGUGUGCAGUGAGAGCUGUCCUCCAGGCACUAGGAAAGCUGUACAGAAAGGAAGGCCUGUCUGCUGCUAUGACUGUAUACCAUGUGCUGAAGGAGAGAUCAGUAAUCAGACAGAUACAAUGGACUGUCUGAAGUGUCCCAUUGAGUACUGGUCAAACGCAAGACAAGAUGCCUGCAUUCCCAAAGAAGUUGAAUUUCUCUCCUAUUAUGAAAUUAUGGGAAUACUGUUAGGAUUGCUUUCUUUGGUUGGUGUCUCCUUCACCAUGGUUACAAUUCUGAUUUUCUGCUGUUACAGAAAUACUCCCACUGUCAAAGCCAACAACUCAGAGCUGAGCUUUCUCCUGCUUUUCUCUCUAACACUGUGUUUUCUCUGUUCACUUACGUUCAUUGGACAACCCUCUGAGUGGUCCUGCAUGUUGCGCCACACAGCUUUUGGCAUCACCUUCGUCCUCUGCAUCUCCUGUGUUCUGGGGAAAACAAUAGUAGUGUUAAUGGCUUUCAGGGCCACACUUCCAGGCAGUAAUGUCAUGAAAUGGUUUGGGCCCCCACAGCAGAGACUCAGUGUCCUUGCCUUCACACUCAUACAGGUUCUUAUUUGUGUGCUUUGGUUAACAAUAUCACCUCCAUUCCCAUACAAGAAUAUGAAGCACUACAAAGAGAAGAUCAUUCUGGAAUGUGAUGUGGGUUCAGCUGUAGGUUUCUGGGCUGUGUUGGGUUAUAUAGGACUCCUGGCUGUCCUGUGUUUUGUGUUGGCUUUUCUGGCCCGCAAACUGCCUGAUAAUUUCAAUGAAGCCAAAUUCAUCACAUUCAGCAUGCUGAUUUUCUGUGCAGUGUGGAUCACCUUUAUCCCAGCUUAUGUCAGCUCUCCUGGAAAGUUUACUGUAGCUGUGGAGAUAUUUGCUAUUUUAGCCUCCAGUUAUGGCUUACUAUUGUGUAAUUUUGUACCCAAAUGCUAUCUGAUAUUGCUGAGGCCUGAGAUGAAUACCAAAAAACAUGUAAUGGGAAAGACAGUGGGUGAUAUCCGUUAUUAG